GCAGAGCAGGCAGAGUCGUGGAGCUCCUCUGGUUUCACUCUGGGAUGGCCUCCUGCUCCUGCCUGCUGAUGAUGAUGCUGCUGCUGCUAUUGGUGUCCCUUGCAGCCGACGCCGCCGGCGCCGCGGGCGACUCCGGUCUCACGGUGACCACGGAGCGGAGAGUCUUCGCCACGCCCGGCGGUCGAGCCGUCCUGGCUUGCAGCUUCAGCAGCAGCGGCUGGGAGCCGGGCGCCCGGCCACUCGUGGAAUGGAGUCGGCUGAGAAAUUCCACCGAGGAAAAGAUCCUGGUCGCCCAGAAGGACUCUCCAACGCGGACGCUCGCUCCGCGGGUCGAGUGGAGUGGCGACCUCGGCGGCUGCAACGCCACCAUCGCCAUCGUGGAUGUCGACCGGUCUGACGUGGGCUCCUACGUGUGCCACGUCACCGACCCGCUCCGCUACAGAGAGGGGCGCAGCAGCGUGGAGCUGGUCAUGGUGCCGGCGGGAGUGGAGACACAGACAACGCCCACGCUGCCCUCGAACGGCAACCUGCGGGUGCGCACGUCCGGCGCGGUGUCCGUCCGGGCGGGGGUCGCCGCCAUCCUCGAGUGCUCCUACUCGUGCGGAGCGACCCACGUGCAGGACACGGCGGUGGUGGUGGAGUGGUGGCGCAUGCAUGUGCCCACCAGCGAGAAGAUUUUGGUGAUGGACGGAUCCACGCAUCUCUACAACCUGAGGGCCGAGUGGAUCGGCGACACGGGCACCUGCAAUGCGUCCAUCGUGCUCAGAGACGUGCGGGAGAACGACACGGGCAGCUACCUCUGUGACGUCCUCCUGCUGCCCGCCUACAACGAGGGACGGGGCCUGCUGAAGUUGGAGGUCGCUGGCAGCAGCGAGACCCCCAGCGGGAGGGAAGAGGAGGAUCGCUCGAGGGUCAACGCCGUCGUCAUCGCCGUCGUCAUCGGCAUCGUCGCUGCCCUGGCCGGCGUCAUCAUCGCCGCCGUUGUGUACUUCGUUUGCAAGAGAAUGCGAGAGAGUCAAGAAACGCAGCCGCAAAGCUCCGCUGGUGACGAUCGGAGCGGCGAAACGAGGAUCCCUCUGCAGACACCGCCAGACGCCACCGCUGCUGCUGCUGCCGAUGAUGAUGACGAUGAUGAUGACGGUGGGGAUGCCGACGAUCAAUAAGAGGCUGGGGAUGUUGACGAGGAGUCUCUCGCUCUGAGGAGUUGACGAGGCAGCGGCUUUGUGUCGUCUGUGUGGUGUAGUGUGUGUGGUGUAGUGUGUGUGGUGUAGUGGUGUAGUGUAGUGUGUGUGGUGUAGUGUGUGUGGUGUGGUGUGUGUGGUGUAGUGUGUGUGGUGUAGUGUGUGUGUU